AUGGCGGCUAUAAAACCGGAGGAACUGAUCGAAAGUGUAAGAAAUUUUCCAGUUUUGUAUGAUCAAACUCAAGAACAGUAUAGAAACUCUGACUACAAGGACAUUAUCUGGAAAAAAGUUGCGAAGGAAUUGAAUGUAGAAGGCACUUGGUNUACAACUCCAGCCAGUCGAGUUUCCAUCGACCAUAGACCUCUAUCUGUAAAACGCAAAAGGAAGCUUGAAGUGAAACCUCAAGAGUCUCCAUCAUCUCAGCUAAUGGCAUACUUAUUGGCUGAGAAAGAAGCUGAGAAGAAAAAAGAGUCACGUAAAAAUGAUGGACAGCACCCUGUUGAUGCUUUUUUGGCUGGAAUCGCUACAAGUCUGAAAUCACUGCAUCCAGUUCGUUUUCAUUCAGCUAAAGGGAAGAUCUUCAAUAUUGUCCAAGAGUACGAAUUACAGCAGCUUCUUGAAAACCAACAAACUGAAAUGAUUCAUACAAACAAUGUUUCCUCUGAAACGUCUAUUACAAUGUCGGAAGAAGAGGGAUUGUAUGCACAUUCAAAUAGACCCGCACAUUUCUCCAGAAGUAUUCAACAUACACCAACACAUCCCGCUGACACUGAAGAAACUUACUGCACUAACGUAGAUUUUUUACAGCUUUAACAACAUAUUUCAUAUUUGGACUGUGAAAUUGUAAUUAAAUGAUAAUACAUUUCUUUUGGUAAUUUUCUUGUACAUGUUAUGCCUUUUUAAAAUCGAACUAAAGAUUUCAAAUUUAUCUGGAAAUAUAAUUGUCAUAAAACAAGGUUUAACUAAUAUAUUCUGAACUUUUCUUAAACUAUUUGAAAAAAAUAAUUUUGACAAUUUAUUUGACGUAGCAAUUUGCAUCAUGGUUAGGAAAAUUAUGUUUUAUAAUCAUACAUAUUAUAUAUGUAUAUAGGCCUACAUUUAUAAUAGUUAUUUAUUGUCUUUUUUUAUUUGUUUCACAAUAUAUAUGUAGGUAGUUAAAAUGCUUAAUGAAGACUUAUGAACAAAGUCUUGUUUCACAACUACAAUGCAUUAUCUAAUAAAUUAUGUCUGAUGUUUUUUGACAAGAGA